GUCCAGCUAAUAUUAUCCCACUCUUUACUCAUUUCACGACCAUCUUGUUCCCCACUGUCUCUCACACAGACAUUUGAAUUCCUCAGAAAGAAUAAUGCAGAUUCUUGCCAGAUACCUCCUUGUGUUGGAAGCCAGAAGCUACAUUUGUUAGAUCCAACCUCUUCGACCCUCCAAAUUUAAGCAAAAAUGGGUGGCCUUAGGGAGUCAUGGUGUUUCUGCAAAGGCGUGGGCAAGUCCGAGAGAAUGAAGGCCGCCAUUUUCUCCGGUAAAGCCCAGGCCAUGGCCACUAUCUCCACCGCCGCUAAUGGGAUCUCCGGUGCCGGCUUCUUGAUCCACCGCAACUUGCUUUUGACUACUCAUGCUAAUCUUCCCUCCGUUGCUGCCGCUGAGAGCUCCGAGAUCCGCCUCCAAAACGGCGUCGCUUCAACUCUUGUUCCUCACAGGUUUUUCAUUACAAGCUCUGUAUUAGAUCUUACAAUAGUGGGUAUAGAUGACGCGGAUGGAGAAUCAAGUGCCCAGGGUCAAUGCCCUCACCACUUGAAGACCUGUUCCAAAGUUAAUCUGGAUCUGGGAAGCGCGGUUUACCUUUUGGGCUACACAGAUAAACAAGAGCUCACUGUUGGUGAGGGAAAGGUAGUCAUAGCCACUGACAAUCUUAUAAAACUGUCAACUGAUGGGAUGGCAUGGAGGCCAGGAUCUGCUGGGUUUGAUGUACAUGGAAAUCUAGCAUUUAUGAUUUGUGAUCCAAUGAAAUUAGCCACAUCUCCAAAUGCCAAAUCCUCUUCAACUUCUUCAUCAUCUUCAUCCUCGUGGAAGAAGGAUCUCCCUAUGCAGUUCGGUAUACCGAUUCCUGUCAUUUGUGAUUGGUUAAACCAGCAUUGGGAAGGCAGUCUUGAUGAGCUUAACAAACCAAAAUUACCAAUAAUUCGGUUGAUGUCCACUGGCCUGAAGAGUGAGCAUUCAUGUACUUCCUUCACACAACGGCAAGUCUUCAAGUCAAUAGAGGCUGACAAUAAUGAUGGCACUGGGUCAUCAUCAAAUAAUAUAUCGAAGACAAAGGAUCAAGGACCAACUUUUUCUGCCGCUGCUGGAGCUAACACUGUUGAAGAGAGUUUGACCACAAAUCCUAAUACUGCCUAUGUCCAGGGAAUUCCCACUCCAGAAAUAUAUGAAUCACCUAAAUUAACUUCUAAUCCUUUGAGGAGAAAGGAAAAUAUGCCAGUACAGCUUUUAGAUAUCAAUUUUCCCCCAAGGAUUACUAAACCUACAGGUUUACAACAAUCUCAUGCAGAACAAGAACUACAUCCACAUCGUGCCAAGGAACCUUCAUCAGAAAGCGAGUUGGAAGGAGAACAAAACCGAAACAAAAGGCCAGGACCUCCUAGUGUAGAGGUUUCCUCAACGGGUUCUGUGAAUGGAGCACAAAGCGAGGUUCAAUCUAGUUCCUCGCCGCCAAUGCAAGUAUUAGACAUGCACCACGGAUACAGCAGUGAAGAAGAGACUAUGUACUCUGCAGAAACGGCUGAGAGUCGCAACUAUACAAGCCCUAGAGAGGGGAAGUUUCAGUCAGUAAGAAGGAGCCAGAGCUGUGUUGGUUACAAUAGAUGGGGUUCUAACCAAAGGAAUCCGGCAGCGGGCAAGAUGACGCCAGAAAACCAGAGAAGCUUCAUCAAUGGGAAGAAAAUGUAUUCACAAGGAGCAACUUCUCAGAGGAGUAAUGACUAUUUUAGCCCCACUGUAUCCUCUAUCAUGAAACGCAGCAACUUGGAUCACACUCACACUGUCAGACCCCGGCAAACUUCUGUUCAUUCUUCACCAAGAUGGAUGUUUUGAUUUAUAUAUUAUGAUACCCCCAAUCCCCAGAAAGCAUUAGAGAGAAAACAGUAGAAAAAGAGUAUAGUUUUUGCCCUUGUUUUUCUUCUUUAUGAAUUAAUGGGCCCAUCUAAUUUCCUUAUUUGCAGUGUAACUAAAUUAUUUUAGGAAACAAAUGCAAACCCUGGUUAUGGUGAAUAAGAAAUUCGCUCAAGAUGUA